UGAACAAUCAGAUGGCAGUUCUGCACAAGUCUGACGGGACUUCACCACCAAGGAACAAGCAUGUUUUUGCAACGAUUGCUGGUCUAUUUGUCGACAGUAUGCUUGUUUUUCUACAUGAUAUCACUGAACCUUUUUGUGAGGAUCAUGAAUUUUAUUUCACCAAGCCUCACCAAGAAGUUAAUCCUGAAAAUGGGUGAGAAGAUCACCAUGACCCAGAAUCCCAACUUUAAGUAUGAAGACUGGGGUCUGACAUUUACUUCUUUUAACUUCAUCAAAGCCGCCUCUCGGCACAUGUGGUUGUCUCUCGGACAAGAGGCUUUUGUUGGAGGAGAAGCUCCGGACUCACCUGUAGUCACCAUGGAGGGAGAGGAAACAAGUAUCUGUCGGUACUUGAAAGACAACAGACCGCUGGUGUUGAGUUUUGGAAGCUGCACCUGACCCCCGUUUAUAUACAAACUUGAGGAGUUCAAGGAACUCGUCAAGGACUUCAGCGAUGUAGCUGACUUUCUUGUGGUCUACAUCGCCGAGGCACAUUCAACAGAUGGUUGGGCCUUUACCAACAACUUUGACAUCAACCAGCACCAGAGCCUGGAAGACAGGCUGGCUGCAGCAAAGAUCCUGGUUCAAAAAGAGCCUCUGUGUCCAGUGGUCGUGGAUGAGAUGAAUAACAGUGCCGCCAUAAAGUAUGGUGCUAUGCCUGAGAGGCUUUACGUGCUGCAGGCUGGAAAAGUUGUCUACAAGGGGGCGAUUGGGCCUUGGGGUUACGAUCCAAAGGAGGUGCGUUCGUUCCUGGAGAAGAUGAAAUAAGAAGGUUGUUUAAGUCUCAAGUCAAGCCAUGUAUUUGCCGUCCGACCAGUCUUAUAUGGAGGAGACACCGGGGGUGUCAACAUUGUAAAUAACAUAUUAUUGAUUAUAUAACAAAAUACAGUACUGUUUUUUUUUUUUCUGUUUUCAGAAUCAAACCAUUACACUGUCACAUCUACGUUGGUCCUAUAGCUUCAUCAACCAUUGUAUGAGUAGAAAUAUGUUGCCUUCAGGCUCUCUUGUACACUGAAAACGUAUCUCAACUGUUGAUCUCCGAGCUUGAACUCUCCUCUCAGUGUUUCUUAGUGACGGCUACAGAUUAAACCAUUGGCCUCUGUAACCAGAUGAAGUGAAACGCAGAGAGACAGUCCAGUCAAGAGUUUGUGUUUGAGGUAUCACAUAAUGUGCAGGAGAUGUUUUAAAGACCAUAAGAUUGAAGUCAGUGAAAUUGUUUUCCAAUUCUCUUACAGGUUCAUUUAUCUUAAGUGUUAGUGUUUCAAUCCGUAUUAAUCCCGAUGGGUUUCUAUUGUCUAUGAAUGCUCCAAGGUAAUUUCAGAGGAGGCUACUUUUUAUAUGAUGAUUACAGUGAAAACCUCUGGUAACUGUAAUCUGAUGAAAGAGGACUUAAAAGUAGACCUUCUCUGAAUUAUGUAAACCAUCUGCAUCCCUAUAAAUGUUAUUAUAUCACAAUAAAAUGUAUUUUGAAUGAUUGCAAUAUGGUAUAAUAAAGAAUAACCUGUGAAGACUGCUUUAUCAACUUCUAAA